GGUUUAGAGUCCUUCCCUAUGCCGAUGCCUGUCCAGACAUCGCCGUAUAAUCCUCAUCGCUAUCACAGUUUCCAACCCCACUGCCCCAAUGUACAGAUUACGCCCGACAGAUACGUCACAUCAACGUUUCAGGGCUAUCAGCCUCAUGGUUAUAGCCCCCAGAUGCACAUUGAGACUCACAACACACCCGUCUACUAUGUUCCCAGGCCGAAUGAGGCACAGACACCUUCUAACUCUGGUCACGUAAUAAGCCUGGACACAGGAGACCACGCUCCUGUCUCUUCUUUCCGCGUGAAUUAUCCUCCUCAUACGCACUCUUCCACCUUGAACGUCCCUUCGCCAGGUCACCUUGCUGUGAGCCAAUGCUCUCCGCACGUCGUGAGCUCGCCGUCAAGUCCAACUACCUUGUCACCCUGGCCGACUCCAGGUUGGUCUCCACAGUACCAAUAUGUAGGGCCAGUCCCUGCUCGGGGAACUGGACCCGAUUCUUAUCCUAUAAGGCAAAACGACCAGUAUCCGCCAGGGCUGCGUCACGAGCCUUCUAACGAGUCUUCACCUCGGCAUCUAACAGUGAAUCACGAAGCCCCGCGUUGCUCCCCUGGUCCACGCUUCAGUAUUGUGAUAGAAGACCCCAAGAGUCCACACGUGCACCGUGAGAAGCGGGUGCGAACGAAGGAAGAUACGGAAAGGCAAAGGGAAGAUAUCCGACGCCUUAAGGAGCGUGGCGGUGCUUGUGUCUGGUGUUAUCUGAACAAGAAGAAGUGCGACAUCAAAAAUCCUUGUUCUCCCUGCAGCGUCAAUAAGCGGGCUUGUUUCAGAGAUGCUACGCAGCUGUGGCUUUAUGUACCCCUUUUAGACCCUUCCACCAGAAAGAGCUCCGAAAUCAUCAAGGAGGAAACAUUUAAGUCAGCCAACGAAGCCUUUCUGCGCUUGCUAGACAUGUCAUUGCCUCAGCCAGGGGCUACGCAAGCAGUGGUAAAGAUACGCUGGCACGAUCCAAAUCCGGUGGAUCUCCUCAUAGCCGACAUUUCGCAGCUAUCCUUGGCUGAUACUGAAGUUUCUGACGGGUUGAAAGAGAAUCUUAUUCAAAAGUCACUGGCUAACAUCCAAUCACCUACCCUUCAGAAUCUAGACUCGGAUGCCGUGAAUGCACCCUUGAUCCAGUCUGGGAUCAAGAUGUUGGGACUGCUGGCUGCUCUUGUCACGUUGUCCCGGUCACGGGUCUAUGUUCGGCCAGCAGAUCUUGGGCCUGCCAGGAUGACGAUGUUUUUCAUCCUAGCCACCCAUGCAAAAGCUCUGUGUGAGACUUCUGAACGCUUUUGUACGGAGCUCUGUGAGACAAUGCGUCGUAAAUCCUCGCAUGAAAACGCUACUGCUAGAUUGCAAGAGCGCGAUGGUCAACGUCUUCACAAUCCAGUGUGGGUUGCAGCUGCUAUUUAUCACCGCGUCAUAACCGGCAUCUUGGAGUUCGGCCCUAAUCCAUUGAUCUCGGAGAUCUUCGUGGGAAUGAAGUCUCGCCUGCGCGAGCUGCGUUCUAAAGUAAACCACAUUCAGGACAGCGUUCCGCAAUACCAGGACCAUGACAAACUUUCUUCAAAACCAACUUCGAUCGAGCCCUCUGCUUGCGUACCCGAUGUUCCUGUUUUGGAUUACUUUGAAAUCACAUUUUGGCUAGAGUCCGAGGGAAAGUUACCAGUCCCUACUGCACUGGACCGACAAAACGAACCUUACAGUGUCCUGUCCGACUACUGGGUGAAUUCUCUUCUCGAUGAAAAUUUUGACUUAGACCCGUUUCAUCAGAGCGUCUCUGGCGAAGUGCCCGGACCGCGGGCCGUCCAUUUUCGACCGACGCUGGAAGCGACUAACUUGAUGCUGCCGAAGCAGGAGACAAUGUCGUCCGAUCUGACAUCAUUGUAUGAACAACCUGCAAAGCAGAAGCCUACUACAGGCGGUCGUACUGACUUUUCCGGUCCCAGCCUUCCAAGUUAUGCAGGCGACACAGUUUUAGAUAGCGUCUUCAGCGAUUUCACUUGGAUCGAACAAUUCUGUGACAACAAUGGCCAUAUAUACCACCAUAGCGAGAGCGCAUUCGAUCCCAACGCUUUCUUCGGAAAUGAGGAUUCUAUUAGCGCAAGAAGGGAAGGUAUCUUUCCGGAGCUCCCUUCUGAAUCGCCACCUGCUGGAGCGGCCUCAAACAAGGUCAGGUUGUCGCCUGAUAUGACCGACCCCCGGUUGAAUGUCACUUUCACGAGCUGAGAGAUAUUCCUGAAAGUAAGAUGAUACAUGUACCUACUGUA